CUGUCAAGCAAAGGAUAGAAAGCUGGGACUGGGAGGGUCAGGUUCUGCAGCUGGUUCACUACUGCGGACUCGGCUCGCUGAAAGUUUGGCCUGGCUGGGAAUCAUGGCGAAGUUCCGGCAAACCUCGGCCACCGGCCCGGCACUGCCGACACGCUACCGCCUGACCUGGCCAUCCCAGCCCGGCUGGAGGAGUACCGCGACCCGGCCCAUCCCUGGAAUUUCCUGUGACAGGACCCCGCCGACCAGGUUGCUCGAUUUGUGUUUAAGUGUAUGCUUUCUGCACCAAUUUUGUGAGGACAACAUAUCCUUAGGUGCGCAACUGGCAACUAUUACGUACGCAAGAUUUCGCAGCACGUUAGCGCAUUGCGCGCGCAUUGUUGUGGUCAAGUCUCUCCCUUACACGUAGCAGAUGACAGCAGCAAUCAUGGGAAAGUGCAGCGAGGAGUUUGUCCCGCUGGUGGACCUGCGACCACAGCGCGGCCUUGUUGUCGAGGCUCCAGGCGGACUAGUUCUCUCCGAGCGACACUCUGCGCAGCUCGUCAAGUUCCUGUACGCUCUGGACCUGAGGGAGCUGUACAAGAUGUGGUACAAGAAGAAGGGGCGAGUCAUUGAGAAGGAGCUGGUCAACAAGGCCAAAGCCCAGGCGGUCAGUGACACCCUGCGGCGCAAGUGCAACGAGGCGCGCUUUCAUGCUAUCCUUCGGCGCGCGUUCCAGGAUGAGGAGGAGGAGGACGACGACGCGCUUCUCGUGCAUUGCAAGGCGGUGCUGGAGAGCAUGAAGGACACACCGGGCACACCGGAUGCGUUCAUCGAGGUUCACCGCGUCAUCUGCGAAGCCAACGCAGGAGCGCGCAGCCUGGACGUCGCCGCGCUGCGGCAGCUCGCCUCGGAUGGGCCGGGAGGCGCGAAGGAGCUGGCCGAGGGCAUCGGCCACGCCAACGUGGCGCCUCUGGUUAAGACGAUGGCCAAGGAUCUUCUUUAGGCGCUGCGGGUGCUGGCGUGCGGAAGCCUGAGCGAAGCCUAACUCCUGAGCCCAAGCGCGACGGGCACGGCGAGCAGUGAAGGCAUGCGGCGAGAGCGUGCCUGCCUGGAAAUUGCUAGCCCAUGCGGGCAUAUGGCAGGGCCCAAGGCCAGGGGAAGGCAUCAUAAUUGUGUGCGCGGUGCGUGCACUUGUCAUUUGCCGUCACGUCAGGCAUAGCAACGGGAUGCGGGGCUGCGCGGCACCAUUAUUGUAGCUGAGUGAAGAUAAGGAUCUUCAGUGCCAUGUGACUGCCGUGUGGCAUGCAGCGACCUGCCAGGCAGCACCACCGCUUUGGCGGCUACUGGUGCCUUGUGUGGAGGGCGUGCUUACGGAGGCUGGUACCGCAGUGCCGCUGCGCGGUAGCAGGGAAGCAUAUUAGACCAGGACUUGCUGGGCAUCACGGCCGAUUAAUAAAUGGGGGUGGGGGCGUGCCUGUUGAUUAAGGGCCAGGGGCAUGCACCUCAGCAUGCGGGGGAUGGCGGGCAGGGGGCGGAACCAGUGCGUGGGCUGACACCCCCACCAGUUCCUCUGCGCUCCCAGCUUUAGUGCACGCGGUAUUUGCCCAUGAGCGAGGCACUGUAUUAUUACAGCGCUGUGCCCUGCACGGGGCUCCAUCGAUUGGAUUGGCUUAGCGGUGCUUGCGAGAGAAGCAAAAUGUCGUACACUUUGUUGGUGGCAUGAUUUCUCCUUACAAUCAUGGGUAUCGAGGCCAUCAAUGUGUUGGUCGUUCUGGUGUAAUAUGCAUGUACGCGAGGCUGAAUGCAGCUGGUGCAGGGCUGGAAACGGCGGGGAGGCAGGGGAGAAGUGGGUGUCCCCGCUGACAGCAGCAACUUCGCCCUCAGCUCUCCGGCGUGUCCAUGUACGGUAAUCAGGAGAAGUAGAUGCAGGGUCGUAUGGCCAUAUGGUCGUAUGGUCGGAUGUAUAUGAUACUGUACGCCGUGUCAGAAAUCUGCUCUCGUAAUGAAUGAUCGAGUGAACUUACGUCCCGUAUCAAAAUGGUUUCGGUCAGUUAUUGAGGCUGUUGAUCCGAAACACGGGGGUCCCCGCGGGGUCUGGCAUUGCGCUCCUUGGGCCCCCUCUUUUUGCGCUUUGUUUGUGGCGGGUGAUGUAUGCAUACGCGGGAAUGCUGAAGGGUUUGCGUGGUGUUGACCAAGGAGUGCACAUGAUCCUGGAAGGAGAGUACUUCAUGAACUUCUAUAGUGGAGGACUGGACGGGACGCGGAAGGGCAGGGUGCACUAAGCGCGUGUUUUUGGGAAGUGUUGCGACGUGUUUGGGACAUGUUUAGGACGUGAUGGCAGGGGACGUGUUUGCAUUUUGCAAAGCAGCUCAGGCAAGUACAGUAUGCGCGGGACCCGUUUGUGAUUGGUGUUGUGGGGCAGGCGCAUGAAUGAGUAAUGCAUUGUCAGAGGGAAUGCCCAUUGAUACCGAGCGGUGAUGCACCAGGGGGCAGCAGCAGUGCGGGGCGUUGAGCAGGUGAGUUUUAAGGACUGUUGGGGGCAGUCCCAGGCCCGCGUUGUUGGGUUGUGAACAUCCGUGCGUGUGGGCUUCCAGGCUUCCGCCACUGACUGGCGCCCCAGCUGAUACGGUGCCAAAGUACAAUGCGUGUGGUGCCUCUGACAUGACACAUAGUAUGAUAGUGGGCAGAGGGCGAGGAUGGCGGGGCCGGGCGAGGGGGCAGGAAGGCGAGAUGGGAGCGGUGAAGGCGAGAUGGAAGCCGCCUCACUCCGGGUAGUGCACGUGCUUGAGUGCGGUGCCGUAGUAGGUAGAAACCUGGGUGUUUGUCCUCAUGGUUAAGACAAGUAUCCUGCCAACUGCCUAGGUAUGUAAACCCCUUGGAUG